CGCUUUUGCUGGCUCCUAUUACUUCUUAGCGAUUGGUGCUUCCUUUUACAACUUCAUUGAGGAAAAUUUGCGGACUUGUCACCUACGUCUCCUGGCCAAUUGAUCAAUGGGUUCACCUGUAUUCAGGGACUGUAUGUACCCCGUCCUGACAAACCGCCAAUCAAGUGACGGUGUUGUUUAUAGUGUGCCAUGUGCCAUUGAGAAGGGAACGUAGGAUUGCAGCAUACAUCAGAGACAAGUGGCACAGUACAGUACCCGCUCAGACAUAGCUUCACCUACACCUGUAGCCUUUUCUCUCCGGCUAGCUAGUGACUAGGACUGCUGUCAGUAAGGUUAUGCGCCCGCCCACUCGCAUUCAUUUUUGGACAGGAAUGAGCAGCGUCCGAUCUUAGUUUUUUUCGACUUCCAUGACAUUUAUUGUCGUUUACUACCCCAACUAUAAGUUACAGUAAGGCGAGCGAACGAGAUUUUUUUUUCAACACGGUGGUGUAAAACGUACCAGGAGUGAUUCUCGCCAUGUAUCAAGGCGUGUUCUCGCCCGUAGCGUUCCCGCAGCCGACAGUUUUCCGGCCGACCAUCACCUUCCCUCCGCCGCUGCAGCCUGCCACCACCUGUUCCACCCCGUUCUACAUGGAUGACAUCCUCCGGGGCUAUCACACGCACGCCGGCGGCUGCUUCCUCCCCUCUCUCCCGGCCAUGUCCACAGCAAGCGGCCCCACGAGCCUACGGAGUUCGCCCUACGAACUGAGUCAUAGCAAUGGGUGUCUCUCUACCAGGAAAUUUGCCGGUGUUAACGGAACAUCUCCUCAUCACAGCGGAAAUAACGGAACGUACCUUAAGUUUGGUGUAAACGCGAUCUUGUCAGGAAAGCAAGGCAGCCCGCCCAGCCCGAGUGUAGAAAGUUGUCGGUGUGCGUUCUACCCCCAGCCCAGGAGUUACCCCGCGGCGGAGACGUACCUCAGCCCUGUCAACAAGGUGCCUUACACAGAGUCACCGACAACCUUUCCCAUCUUCAACGCGUGCCACUGGGGCGCUCCGCCGGGCCUGCACCGCGGCAAGCCCCGCCGGGGGAUGCUCCGCCGCGCGGUCUUCUCCGACUUCCAGCGGAAAAGCCUGGAGAAAAUGUUCCAAAAACAAAAGUACAUCAGCAAACAGGACAGGAGAAAACUGGCGGAGAAGCUGGGGCUGAAGGAUUCACAGGUGAAGAUCUGGUUCCAGAACCGCCGGAUGAAAUGGCGGAACUCCAAAGAGCGGGAGCUGCUGUCCACGGGAGGAUCACGUGAGUCCACCAUCCCUAACAAGGCCAAUCCCAACCCUGAUCUCAGUGACGUAGGACAGACAACAGGUGCAUCCUCCCCUCUGAUUGGUUCCCCCUCUCCGGGCGUUACGGACCAGAAAACUCCCCCUUCCAGCCCAGAAAGCCCUAGGAACGAGGAGCCAGCUGAAAGUGAGAAUGAGAAGUAGAUUUUUUCCAAGACACCAAAUUAAAGCAUUAGAUAAUGAUUAUGAUAUGUGUAUAAAAGAUAUAAUUAUUGUAACUUAGACAAAAUUUAUGUACCGUAAUUGAUCUUUGUCGUGUUACAUUUAUGUUAGAAAAUGUACAAAAUGCAAAGACUUGUGUAACAUACGUUUAAAACGUAACUUCAGUGAAGUAAACGUAGGCAGUGUAUUACAUGGUACUUUUACUUUGCACUUAAAAAAUAAAUUAUACAAUCAAGAUUGAAUGAAGCUGUCAUUCGCUCAAUCCAAGAAUUCGAAAAGCAAACUAAUUGUAAAUAUGAUGUGCAAAUUACAAAUGGGAUCAUGGAAAUGUGAUGUGCUAUAUGGAGCUGUGCAUGUACGUAAUUCAUUCCAAAUUGUUUCAGAAAGCAUCUUUACAAUGACAGAUGAAAUAAACCCUGUAAAACUA